AUGGCCGACCAGGUGGCUGCUAAGAAAAUACUCAGCGAGCUCUCCAAGCGAGAGGACCUCCACAACAAAUCUUGCGCAGACUGUUCAAAUCCUAAUCCUCAAUGGGCUUCUCUCAGUUUCGCCAUCUUCAUUUGUCUCCAGUGCGCGGGCGUACAUCGUGGUUUCGUCAGAUCGAUCUCGAUGGAUACAUGGCAAGACGAACAGGUCAGGCGUAUGCAGCUGGGGGGGAAUCUUUCCUUCAAAGACUUCAUGAAAUCCUACCAACCCGCUGACCAAGGAGGGUACAAGCCAGGUGCCAGUCCAUAUGACACGUAUCAUUGUUGGGCUGCAGCUCAGUAUCGAGAAAAGUUGGACGCUAUGCUAGCGGGUCGCGAUUGGUCACCUUCCGCUCCGCCCGCCAACUUUAGCGCAGGCUCCCGAUCCGCUUCGCCAGCGCCUUCCGCUCAAGCCCUCCGUAAAUCGCGGGCGUCAACUCGUACAUUGACAAAUCGGAGCGACUCUGGUUCCCCAGCUCCGUCAUUCCGAAGUUCUCCAAACAGUACUCCGAGCCAAGGUCUCGAUCAAAAAACUAUGAACGAGAACUAUUUCGCCAGUCUGGGGAAAGCAAACGAAAGUCGGCCCGAUGAUCUGCCUCCAUCUCAAGGUGGUCGCUAUACUGGCUUUGGAAGCACACCGACGCCCCCGAGCAAUCAGAAUCCUGCAUACGGUCUUUCAUCAGCCAACGCUCCAAGUCUCAGCGAAUUACAAGAAAAUCCGGUGGCGGCUAUCAGCAAGGGAUGGUCCCUUUUUGCUGCAGCAGUUGCCGGUGCCUCCAGGGUUGUCGCAGAGAAUGUCAUCCAACCGGGUGUAGAAAAAGUUACCGAUCCCAACUUUCAGGCAAGCGUCAUGGGCUAUAUGACCGAGGCUCAAAAGAAAGCCGCGAUGGUUGGUGGUGCGGCUAAUGAGUGGUCAAAGAACCAGUUUGGAGUGGAUGUAGUGGACACUGUUGGUGGCGUUGUUGGUACGGUAAAAGAUCGCGUCGCAGGCCCUUCUCGAUCUGGUUAUGGUUCACUUUCUUUGACCAGUCCGAAUGACAUGGGCGAAUCAUCUGGUUUAUAUGAUGCUGACGAUGACGACUUGUUUACCGAAUAUCGCGGUACAGGUGCAUACUCACCGCAAACUUCAGCCUUGCAUACGCCCCCUGUUCAGACGCAGACAAAGGCUGCCUCUGACCCCAAGAAAUCUAGUGAUUGGGAUGAUGAAUGGAAGGAUUUUUAG